UUUUUUUUUUUCGUUCCUUUUCUUCUUUCACUUCACAUACUCUUUUGAUAUCGCAAGAUAUUGAAGUUCAUGAACUCAUCAAAACAGCACGACACUUGGAGUGACGACUUGCAACUUCCACCUAGGGAUGGUUUCUUGAAACAUGAUAUAUUAGAACGUAUAUGUCGUUUUCUCCCUACUCAACAUGAUUGUUAUCAAGCUUGCUUCAUUGAUCGGUCCUGGCGUUGCGCUGCUACUAAUGUACUUUGGGAAGCUCCUAUUUUCAAGACACCAAUCUCUUUCAGGAUGUUUCUCAAGAUUAUUGCUGACAAAAAACAAUUGGCUCUGAAUGUAAAGCACUUGACUCUCUGUCUUCCUGACGACGUCUCCAACACACUCCUCAAACCGAUCAAUAGGUCCGAAGUUGAACGCCACAAAGCCAAGGAUAUCAUAUUAUCACGACCCAAUAUUAUUUUCGACUUGAUCCAAUAUUGCCAAAAAAUCACUGGUCUUACUAUCUACGGUUGGAAUUUACAACAAAGAAAUUUUGACGAAUUAUACACUUUACUACCCGAAUUGAAAAAUCUCACAGUCAUUGGAAAUCACUCUCAUUUACAACAACAAACUGGUCUCAAAACAUCAACAGAUUUUCAAUUGAAUACAUAUCUUCCUCGACUCUCUGGACUUGUACUAGAUGGCUUGUUCCCCAUUAGUCUCUCUUUUGCUCAAGCAAUCGCGUCUAAGGCUCAACAUCUCACCACUCUCCAUCUCUCACUCUCUUCAAUGGAUCCUUCAAUUUUGGGUGCCUUGUGUGAACCUGACACAGCUUUGAACUUGAACGAUCUUACAUUCACACACGGAAAAAACUUGAAUGAUCGAUUUCUGCAAAGAAUUCUACAUCGAUUUUCAAAUUUACGCAAGUUACGUUUGGAAGGUACCAAGUAUAUGACAUCAAACGCGUUGAAAAUAGCUUUGGAAAAUUGUACUCAUUUGCAACAUCUGGAAAUUCGACAAGUGACUCUCAACAAACCUCCAACACAUGUGGAAUAUCAAUUUGAUGAUCAGUUCCUGGUGCAGUCCAGUGACCUUCGAACGUUAGUGACGGAAAAUCUUUGGUUGACUAAUGAUUCACUUGAGCUACUUGGAAAUUCAUGUCCAUCACUAUCAUCUAUUGCACUUUGUCAUAUUGGAACGGAUGUCAAUGAUUUUGGUAUGCAAGCAUUAUUGGGUACACCUCUCCGAUAUCUUCGUCAUCUCAAUCUUAUUGGUUGCCCCAUGGUGACCGCGGAUAUCUUGAAUUACUUGCCAUCUUCAUUGUAUACUCUUCAUUUGGAAUCAAAUGGUACUAUGGAACCCGUGGACAUUUUCAAUAUCUGCCUACAUACUGUCAACGAAGCUACUGACAACAAUCUACGACCUAAUUUACACAGAAUUUGUAUUGUUGGAUAUGAAAAUAUAGCAUUAUCAGCCAUUGGAACUCAUGCUAUCGAAAGGAUGGAUUAUCAAGCAAAACAAUGGGAAGAUGAUCUAUCUACAACAGCAGCAACUAGGUAUCAAGUCACUUUGAACGAUCAAGCAAUAGAUGCGUUAGCCCACUCGGAUGACUUUAUCGUGAUUCCUGAAAACAAGUUGCUGACCGGUAAACAAAUUGUGGAAUUGGCAAGAAAAUUACAAGUACCAUUACAUCAAUUUGUUCAGCUGUUAGAUGAAUUGAAGGAAACUUCUUUGGAUCAUACACCUCCCUCAGUCACAGCCCCCAAGUCUCGCGUUGAUAUGUUGAAAACCACAAUGUCUGAAGCACGACCAUCCACUCCUCUCCUUUGGGCUGGCGCUGUGAAUGACUCUGAUUCUUUUCCACCACAAAAACCACAUACGUCUUCUAUAUGUCAGGAAUCAAUGGCUUUAGGAUCAACUCCUGCAUCACCUCUGGCACUACCAAGCAAUUCUGACAGUAGAUCCUCUGGUAUUGUUUCAUCACAGUCACAACUAUCAUCAGAAUACGAAUACGAACAACAAACGUUAGAUGGCAAGGAAAACUGGUUAGAUAAUGAAAGAACAGAUAGCGAUAUCUCUUUAGGCGGCUGGGGAAAUAAUGAUGUAUCUUGGGGCAAGUCAAAAUCAAGAUCAAAGGGAAUCAAUUUACCAACAACGAAUAUACAUGCUCAAAACACAAAUCAUGAUCAUACGCAAAUUAUCAAGGCUGCUAUCAACUGGGAUCAAGGCAAAAAUGAUGACCAAUCGUUACUCCAAUCGCAAGCAAUGGUACAUCCAACCACAUCAAUAUCAAGUAGAGUAGGUAGACAACGAACUGAUCUCAAGAUAGAAAACGAUGAAUGGGGACAACCAAUGCAGCACCUAACCUGGGCAGAAUCAAAACCUUUUGUUAGCGAAGUUUUGAAAAAUCAGGAAGAAACGACGUAUUGGAUGCAGGAUGAUGAUUCAAACUGGUUGAUCUUGGGGAAAGGCGGAUCCUCUACUGGCUUUGAUGGGAACAAGGAACAACCGGUGGCAACUACUCGCUUCUCUACCACGACCAAGAUUUCUAGUCCAAAAAUGAACGGUGCCUCUGUUAUGUAUACCAAUGAAAUCACUCAUACCAACAACAACAACAACAACAACAACAACAACAGCAACAUCAGUAUCAACAUCAACAGUGACUUUAAACAUAGUAACAAUGAAAGAACUAUCCGAAGAAACAGCAGCUUCAACAAUGGUACUCUGAGUUCUGAUGGUAGUGAUAUCGAUUGGGACGACGAUGAUGGUAUUACAAUCAAGACAAACAAUUUAGCAACGAUAUCUCGGCAACUACCACGACACAAUCCGAAUAUGUCAGGUUGGGAAGGACGACAAGGAAAAUCAAAUGGACGCGAAUCAAGAGCAAAUAGAUUCUCAAGAACGAAGUCAUCUAUGAGAACUGGUCAUAUGUCUUCUCUUUCAAGAAAUCAACCUGACUCCACUAGUUCCCAAACGAAUCCAUGGCGCCAAUUUGCUAAAAACCCUAUGAACCAUGAUUCUGUACCAAAUUUGACACGAUCAUCACCACCGCAUAUUGGAACUCUUCAACAAUCAACGACACAAUCGUCAUCAUCAGAACAGGUAGAUCCGUUCAGUAGCGCAGUUGACCGUUCUACCGCGUCUCUUUUGGUGGAUACUAGCGACAAUGCGAUGGAUAGCAACUUUACAACAUGGCCACCCAAAGACAACCAAUCGACGCUCAAUGAAAUCUAUGAUUCCAUGGCUGAAAUUGAAAUAGAUAAUGAUAAGAUUUAUGAUCAUGCAACGACCAACAACAAUUUGAUGGAAGUAGACGAAACUGUUUUAUGGCAAGAUACAUUGGAUUCUUCGUAUAAAGAAAGAAGCGAUAAUAAUACGAUCGAGCAACAAGACAUUGGAGAAGUGGAUAGCGAUGUUUUAUUACUUGGACUUUCAACACCGGAGCCAGUUGAUAAAAACAACAAUAUGAACAAUGAUAGCAAGGAACAAAGCGACAACAACAGUACCAAUAUUACAUUACCUGCAUUAAUUGACUCCAACACUGAUGACACAGAGACAACGCAACCUAUACGUGAUAGUCCUAUCAUUUCUCCACCUGUAGAUACUUUGGAUACCACUGGUUCAGGGAAUCCUGAUUCGGAAAAUGAUAGCAACAUGAAAUCUGACAAUAUGACUUCUGAAUCUCCUGACUCUAAUCCAUCUUCGCAAGACCAAAUAGCUGGGCGGCUUGCUAUAGGUACUCCAAAUGGUCGUCAAAUCUUAACGCUAUACACGAAACGGGACAAGCGAGUGGAUGUCCAUACAUUUUGCGAACAAUAUGGGAUGCUUGAUCAAGAGGAAGAGGUGUUUUCCAAGGCAUAUGCAUAUUGUCUAGAACACAAAACGAAUAGGAUCUUCAGUGAAAAUGCCAAGGACGACAAGAAGAAGAAGAAAAAGAAGAAGAAGAAGAAAGAGUCUUCAACUGAAGGAUAGUUUUUUUUUUUGUUUUUAGUUGUUUUUUUUUUUUUUUUUUUUGUAGUAGUAGUAGUAUCGUAGUAUCAUAGUAUGUUGAUGAUUGAUUAUGUAUAAAUCAAUAAAAAAAUACAUUUUUUUUUAUAUGAACACUUUAUGACCCUUUAUGAAAGAUGAUUGGUGAUGAUUUAGGCGGUGAUGAU